AUGGACCCAUUGGAUAGAGCUAAAGUAUUCCUCCUCUGUGAUCUAUGUCAAAGAGCUGCAUUACAGAGUCACUGUGAACUUUGUCAGAUUAACCUGUGUAAGGCCUGUGUAGGGGAGCACCUCUCUGAUUCUUCUAAAAGGCACAACGUUGUACCAUACAAAUACAGAACAAAGGUUCUUUCCUAUCCUUCAGUAAAACCACUGCUUGAUGAACAAAAGCUCCUCACCACCAUAGACACCGGGCUUGAACUACUAGACAGUGUUACCCGUCUCAAUGAUGAAAAAGUUUGGACAUGUGGAUUUGACAAUAUAAUACAACUCUUCAAUAUCCAGGGCAGACUAAAGGAAUCAAUCCAAACCGAGUUUUGGCACCCAGAACGUGGCAUAGCGGUGACAAAGAGCGGAGAUCUAGUUUGUAUUGACCAAGGUACAAAAACUGUGAACAUAGUGAAGAAUAAACAGAUACAGGAAGUGAUCAGAUUACUACGAAGAUCUUGCAACGUAUGUAGUACCUCCUCCAAGUACAGUGAUGAUUAUAGACAAUAUAGACAAUCCAAAGUUGUCCGUUACUCUCAGACUGACUUCAAAGAGAAACAAUCCAUUUAG